AUGCUGAAAGAGUCGAGUACCUUGGUAGACAUUGACGUUCCCGAGAAGGGUGAAGAGAACCCCUACCUGUUCAAUGGAGACUUUGUUGACCGAGGAUCGUUUUCCGUGGAAGUGAUCUUGACACUUUUUGCAUGGAAACUAGCGUUUCCAAACCACAUGCGCCCGGCGCGCGGCAAUCAUGAAACAAGGAACAUGACCUCACGCUACGGCUUCAAACAGGAGGUCAUCAGCAAGAAUGGUGAAGCCAUGUACGACCUCUUUUGUGAAGCCUUCUGUUUGUUGCCUCUUUGCCACGUCAUCAACCAGCAGGUCUUCGUGGUGCAUGGGGGCCUAUUCUCCCAUGACAACGUCACGUUGGAUGACAUCCGAAAGGCAGGGCUCCUUCCAAUUAAGAGAAGAGUCGGGGUGGCCUUUGGGCCAGAUGUGACCGAACACUUCUUGAAGGUGAAUGGUUUGAAGAUGGUGAUUCGCAGCCACGAAUUUAAGGAGGAAGGCUUUAGCGUGGAGCACAGUGGAACACUGAUCACUGUCUUCUCAGCUCCAAACUACUGUGGCCAAAGAGGAAACAAAGGUGCGUUCAUCAGACUUGAUGGCGAGACCAUGACUCCAAAGUACACAAAAUUUGUGCAUGACGGCAACGACGGAGCCUUUGGACCCGAGUUCUUUGGUCAAAUGGUGAAGUACAAGACGCGGUCACCGUUUUCGGCGCUGGGUGGUGUGGGGGAUCAUUUCAGAUCUCCCGUGGAUUUGUGCAAAAACUGCAGGAACGUGUUGCACUUGGAUCUCAACGCCAUCCCCACUGUGGCCAACCCUCCCGGUCGGGAUGGCGGGGACUUGGAGGCCACCAAUAGUUGGCUCUUGGACUACAUGAUCCACGGACAAAGGCGCUAUCUUUGGGAGGACAAUGGCAUCAAUGCCACCAAAGCCUACAAGCUGAUUGAUGAGUUCAUCCAGAUGCUAAAGAAG